AUGGCCGUUGCCAUACGGUCCCAGCAGGACAAAGAAGCUGCUGAGACCUGUCUUCCCGCGUUUGGGGGUGGCUUGGGGAUCACCUGGCCACCAGUCUGUCACGUCAAGGACAGCUCGCCGCCCCAACCCCGGCGACAAGCUUGUCGACAAUCUUCGAGGAGGAUGAAUCCUUCUAGUCCCCUUCUGUGGGACAGUACAACGUCCGGCUGGGGAGGGAGGAGGGAGGAGGAGGGAUAUGAAUGA